AUGAUCAACGAAUGUAGCUAUUGUGGACGGGAAAGACAUGCUGUGAACUACUGUUAUGAUCUACAUGGCCCACCAUCUACUUGGGCCAAUCAUGCUACUGUAGAAGGAGAUAGUGGUACUAUAGGAGAUGACUCCACUGCUUUAGGCACUAGAAAGGAGAAGGAAAUGGUUUCCAUCACCCAAGAAGAGUAUGAAAAACUUCGUCUGUCUUCUUCCGGUAAUACUACAACUCUUGCAAAAUCAGGUACAACAUGUCUUGAUUCUUCUUUUAAACCAUGGAUUAUUGAUUCUAGGGCCUCAGAUCACAUGAUUGGGUCCUCAGACCUAUUUGCAUCUUUCUCCCCUCCCUCUACUACCCAAUCGGUUACUCUGGCUGAUGGUACUACCUCCCAUGUUUCUGGUAUCGGUGAUAUUUCUUUACAUUCUAAUUUCACUUUACUGCCUUAUCCAGCUCUAUCUCAACCAUCAGCAGCUCCUUCGUCGACGGAUCCAUCUCAUUUUGAUAUUCCCAUUGCGUUUUUCAAAGGGUCAGUUACUGAUAGGAAAUCAGCAACUGCUUACUACACAUUUUUGGCAGGAAAUUUGAUUAUUUGGAAAAGCAAGAAACUGAAUGUGGUGGCUAGGAGUAAUGCUGAGGCCGAGUACAUAGCCAUGGCUCACACUACAGUGUAUCAUGAGAGGACCAAACACAUAGAGGUGGAUUGUAACUUUGUUAGAGAAAAGGUGGUCAGUGGAGAAAUCAUUACCCCAUAUGUUAAGUUUGAAGAUCAACUAGUUGAUUUGUUUACCAAAGGCUUGUGGUGUGCUCGAAUGAAAUACAUUUGUAACAAGUUGGAGUUGUAUGAUAUAUAUGCUCCAACUUGA